AUGAGCAAAAGCAUUCCGAGAUCAAUAACGUCUUUGAUCGACACCAAACACCCCGUCAUCAACACUCUUGGCCAAACUUUUGGUGGGUAUCUACCCGGAAAGAGAAGCCCCAUCAAGGGCAUCAAAUCCAAGAGUGGCAAUGAUGCUGUCAAAGCUGGUAUAAAUCAACGUGUUGACAUUGUCGAUGCAAAGCUCUGCGAUGAUGUUCUCUCCUAUCUCGCGCCCACUCUGGAGCCGUACAAAGGAUGCACAAUCAUCGACGCCCAACCUGGCGCUUGCAUCUGGUCGAAGAAGCUCAAUGAGUUUCUUCGACCAAAGAGCCAUCUGUUGAUGGAGCCUGAGGAAAGAUAUGUGAAGCCUUUCAUCCAGCCACUACUGGAUCAGCCCGGGUCCACCUUUAAGCACACAUUCCAUGCUGCAGCAGGUGAGCGUGGCAUCUUGGAUGCGUUCAAAACCGCGCUCGCCGAUACAAAACUCCUGCCGUCGCAACCGCAAGUCGUUGAUGAUGAUCCUCGACUUCGCCAGCUGGACACCUCGGUCUUGGUGACUGGAAAUUUCGCUCGUACCUUUCCUUGGCUGACUAGUACCACGUUGUCACACCCGGCUCCUUUGCCCUUGUUGUCCUUGCAGCAGCUGACCAAAUGGAGCGGACUCUCUCCAGAGACCUUCAACAGUCAGGGCCUUGUUAGGAUGUUGUGGUGGCUUCCUGAUCAGCACAUACCCAGCAUUAUUCCUCACAAUGGCCUUCAGCUUUCUUCUCUCAGCCUCGGCAUGCAAAUUGGGGCGCAGAUGACAGAGGUCGUGGGCGUGGAACCUGCGGAGAGUUAUGUGUAUAACAAUCACGCUCGCGAAAAAGCCGUCAAUGUCCAUGAACGCCUGCCACUGUACGAAACUGAGAUUUCUAAAUUGGUCCGUCGAAAGAUGGAUGAGGCUGGUAUGACGAUUCCUCAGGGUCGUACUGUGCUUGGACGACAACAUUCAACAUCGGAGACCGACCCAGUCAUGCGGUCGCCCGUCGAGAUACGCUACCUCACCAGCCUGAAACUCAAAAGAGAGAUCGACGAACUAGGCACACGAAUCGAAGCGGUCCUUUCUGCGCUUGAAGAAGCUGGAGCUGUCAGAUUGAUAUCGAAAGCUCAAAAGAGCAUUAAACCAUGGAUCGAGACCAUUGAGUAUCCUCAAUGCUCCGCACUUGCGCAAGACUACUACAGACUGUACCCCAUCCGGCGAAGUGCGUCAAGAACUGUUGCAAAUCAAAGAAAAGAUGGCAGAGCAAUCAUCGACCACUCAGACAUGACAGCAGUACAAGCCAGGAUCAUGCUCCUUCUCGACCUCGAAUUCCGCAUCAUCAGCCUCGAAGCUCACUACAAAGCGCUCGAGGACCAAGGCCAACACGUCGCAGACCUCAAACCGCGCAUCCUCCAACUGGGUACCGACCUCCAUUCCCACCCGCUCGCCAAUCGCGUCCCGAUCGGGGAUUUCAUCAACCGCGUCCUCCCGGACCAACUCGCCUUCUUCUCCACUCCUCCCCUCCUCCCCUUCGAUCGCCGCUCCUACGAACCGCUCCAAACCCGCGUUGCAUCCUUCUGGCCCCGUCAUCCGCUCGCCCUCGUCGACAUCCUCCCAACCACCCGCGAUCUCACCGUCCCGGGCAUUGCCAACCGCUACGAAGCCACGCGCACAGCCUCGGAACUCCUCAAGUACCUUUUCACCUACAAGACACAUCCCCUUCCGUCUGUCCUUGAAAAGAUCGCACCCAACGCUGCCAAGGACUUAAUUCCGCAGGUCAGCGCCCUGGCGGAUCCGAGGAAAGGUGGGAGGUUGAAUCCGGAGAUGGUGAAGGUGAGGAUGUUGACUGAGGAGAUGGUGGAGGGGUUGGUGAGGGCUUGGUUUGAGUGGCCGUUUAAGCCUAGAUUGAUUGAUCUGGCCUUGGCGGUGGAUUCUUCGAGCGAGGGUGAGGGUGAGGGAGAUGUUGAGGGGGUUGCUAUUGAGGAAUGA